ACAAAAUAUUUUACACAAAAUAAGCGAAGCCGCUGAAUUUGUUUGAAAACAUAUUUUUAAGAGUUCGGUACUUAAGAGAGGGAGAAUAAACAUCAGUUUUUAGAUCAAAUGAAUCUCAAUUUUUAUUUCAAUUUGUAUAUGUGUGAUCCCGCACUGUCGUUGUUUAUUAGGUAGAUACGUUUGCAGAUCCAUUACCUAAACCUACUCCAAGAAAAUCUCCCAUGGCACCACCCAGUCCCAAGCGAAGCCUCUUCUCUCUCUUCCUCCUCCUCCUCCUCUCUCUCUCCUUCCUCCUCCUUCUCUUCUCUCUCUGCCCCUCUUCCUCCACCCUCCCCACCUCCCACUUCUCCUUACCGCCCCUCCACUCACCCCCAUCGCCCUUCACUCUCACCGUCAAACUCCUCACCUUCGACCGCCUCUCCUCCCUCUCCCGCUGCCUCCGCUCCCUCUCCGCCGCCCACUAUGGCCCCGACGACCGCGUCAAUCUCCACAUCUUCAUCGACCACUUCAAGGUACCCGACGCUUCUGACGGCGCGUCUUUGGAUGCGGAUGCGAGGUUGAAUGGGUCGCGCCAGAUUCUCGAUUUCGUCGACGGGUUUCGCUGGGGUUUCGGCGAGAAGGUGGUGCAUUAUCGCACCGGGAACGUGGGUUUGCAGGCGCAGUGGCUGGAGGCGUGGUGGCCGGGCUCGGAUGACGAGUUUGCCUUUGUUGUGGAGGAUGAUUUGGAGGUUUCGCCUCUGUACCACAAGUUUUUGAAGGGUUUGAUUGGUUACUAUUACUACAAUGCUUCGAAUUUUAGUCCUUGGAUCUAUGGGGCAUCACUGCAGAGACCAAGGUUUGUCCCAGGUAAACAUGGGAAUAAAUUGCAAUUGGACAGUGAUACACGCAUUUUCUUGUACCAGCUGGUUGGUACUUGGGGCCAGCUUCUGUUUCCAAGACCUUGGAAAGAGUUCCGUUUGUGGUACGACGCCCACAAGACCAAGGGCAUCAAGCCAUUCCUUCAGGGGAUGGUGACAUCAGGAUGGUACAAAAGGAUGGGAGAGAGAAUAUGGACUCCUUGGUUCAUUAAGUUUGUCCAUUCUCAUGGGUACUUCAAUCUGUAUACCAGUUUUUCAAAUGAGAGAGCACUCAGUAUCUCCCACAGGGAUGCUGGUGUUAACUACGGGAAGACAGCAGGGCCGGAUUCAAAUUUACUGGAUUUGAAAUCUCUUGACUUCGAUCUUUUGGAAAUGCAGCCCUUGAGCAAACUGAAGUGGUAUGAUUACUGUUUCAGACAAGUACUUCCCAAUAGAGUUGUAAGCAAUUUCAAUGAACUUGGGUAUGUUCUUCACUCUCUGCAGAAAAUGAAGACUAUUAUACUCGUAGAUGUACGUAAGGUGCCACAGACAAUCACAAGAAACUUGCUUUGCCACUUUGAGGGGUUAAAUAUUCAGAACUACAUAUUAGUGGGCCCUAAGUAUAAUUUCUUACUUGAUCUUGCAAGACGUGGGCAUCCAGUGAUUGAUUUGGACCAAUUUUUUGACAAUGUGAAAUCUCACAAAGUGAUAGAUGUUCAGGGAACUAGUCUAGAAUUGAUCAAAGAUAUACUAGUGAAGGCCUAUGUCGUUGAGAAGAUGUUAGAACUGGGGUAUAACACCUGGGUGGUGGAUGGGAACAUGCUUCCAGUUAGUAGUAAUAUGUUUCUUGAUGUGGUUGAUCCCAGCUAUGAUUUCUACGCUGGGAAUACCUUAAAAGUUCUCCUUGUUAGGAGCUCAUCAUCUGCGAAGAAAAUUUGGGUUGAGGAUUUCAUCCGUGAGGUUGUAACGAUGGUUGAGUCUUUGAAGGGUAAAGAUUUGGUUUCAAUGGAUGGCAGAAACUUCGCCUUUGUGGUGGCCAAAGUACUAGAACAGAGAGGUGUGAAUUUUAAGGGCAUUGAUGAGAACUUUGGCGGGGACCUCAAUGCUACCUAUCUCAAUCAAACCUCUUUGGGGGAUGGAAAGAAGAUGGUUUAUUGGUCCUUUGAGAUGGAAAUGGAUUUAGUUCGGAAACGGCUAGAAGAAAUAGGUAUGUGGAUCAUAGAUGGAGAUUCUUCAUGCAGGGCUGUUGUUUGCCACCAGUCAUAACAUCUGGCUGUGAACUGUAUGUGUUGUAUCCCUCUGGGCAAUGUUCAGCAUAGUUAAUCUGUAUUGAUUUUCUUUCCCAUCUUUUUUAUGGGGUUUUAUUCCAGAUAUCAUCCAAGUUUACAUGACAUUUGAAACAUUAAUUUCAGUUAGCUUGAUAUUUACAACUGGGUCCCUUUGAGAAA